AUGGACUGGUUGGUAGACGAGCACAAGCGGCCUAGAUGUCGCCGUACAUACGACCACCUGCUGUACCUACUCAUCCAACUCACCUGUCUAUCCCGAUACCAUUCUCCAUCCCCCGCACCCCGCACCCGCCUGAUACCGGUACAACUGCACAUGGGUACACAGUAA